AUGAGCGAAUCAAGUGCCUUGAGUACUAGUGUGAAGGAUACGUACAAAUGUGAUUCUUCAAAUUGUGAUAAAGAAGAAUUGAUUGAUAUUAAUAAGAGUUUUAUAAAUAUAGAAGAUGAAAAUACAAAAGAUAUAACAAAUUAUUUGAAGGAUAAAAUAUCAUUUAUGAAAAGAAUAGAAACAUUUAAAGCAUGGGUAAGAAAACCAGCACAUUUAUCUUCUCUAAUAUUAGCUAGGAAUGGAUAUGUGUGUCAAGAUGAGUUUGUAAUAAGAUGUGAAAUAUGUAAUUGUAAAUAUAUUUAUGAAAAAGAUACAUAUUCUAUGUAUACACGCAUAAAUGAUUUAUGCUUAUUACAUUUAGAUAAUUGCCCAUGGAGAAAUAAUCUUAUGGAUAUAAGUAUAUUUCAUUUAGAUAAAAAAUCAUUAACAAAAGAAGAAUUACUUAGAGAAUACGAAGAUAAUAUAGUAUCAUUAAAAAAUAAUUUAUUAUUUGUUCCUUUGAUUAAUAUAAAAAAGACUCUUCACGAUUUAAUAUUUAUCUUAAAAAAAUUUUUAGAAAAUAAUAUGAAUAAAAAAAGAUUUACCAUUUUUGAUCAUUAUGUUAAAAUAUUCAAAGAGGAAUAUAUUCACAUUUUUUUAAAUAAUAAAAAUAUUAUAGAUAAAGGAAUUGAAAUAAUUAAAAAUAAAUAUCCUCUAUAUGAAAAAUACAUUGUCGAUAUAAAUUAUCUAAAUAAUUUAAAUUUUAAUAUGAACAACGUUACUUCUUUUAUAAAUAUUUUAUCUGAUAUAUGUUUAGAUGAUUCAUUUUGUGAUGAACAAGAUGAUAUAAAUAGGUAUUUUAAAAUUGUACAAAAAUUGAAAAAUUAUCAAUAUGAAAAUAUCAAUAUUUUUAAAUUGCUGGCAUUAUUUGGAUGGUCAUAUAAAUCACAACAAGAAGAACACACACAAAUACUUCAAUGUAAAUAUUGUUUUAGAGAAAUUAAUAUUCUGAAUUAUUCUUAUUUCUCUUUCAAGGAAAAUAAACUUUCUUUACACAAAGAUAUAUUUUCUUCUCACCAAAAGGAUGUGUUACAGUAUAUUUUGAAAAAAAUAAACAUCUUAUUAGAACAAAGGAAAAAAGAAAAUGAGAAGGGCACCUUGGAAUAUAUUCCAGAGCAUACCAUACUUAGCAAAAUGUGUGAUCGUUUGAGGGACACAUAUGAUAAGUAUUAUAUUGAUAUUGCAAGGAAUAAUAAAAAAAAGGAACAAAAGAAAAAUGAAGAAAAGGAAAAUAAUCAAGUAAAUAAGGAAGCAUAUAUAGAAAGAAAUAAUAAUAAGGAGGAAACUAACGAAGAGGAAGAAAAUAGUAAAAAUGAAAAAUUUAACAGAAGUGACAAAGGUAGUCAGUCUGAUUCAUAUGAGGAGAAUGCAGAAUAUUCACAAAGUGAUGGAAUCACUAACACUGAGUCUAAUUUAGAAAGUUCCCAAAAAGAACGAGAAGGAUUUUCUUUUAAAUGGAAGUUCAAAAAUUUGUUUUCAUCACAAAGAGUUCACCAAGAUGUAAAUGAUAAACAUAAUGACAAAUUGUCAUGUGAAGAGGAUAGAGAACAUAUAUUGGAAGAUAUGAAGGAGAUCAUUUUUUUGGAUAAAAUGGAAAAUAAUAAAGCAGACAGUGAAAAUAAUAAUAAUAAUAAUAAUAAUAAUAAUAAUACUUAUAGUAAUAGUAAUGAUAGUAAUAGUAAAGAUAGUAAUUGUAAUGAUAGUAAUAGUAAUAAUGAUGAUAAUAAUGUGGAGAAUCACUUAAAGAAUUACUUGAAGAAGUGUAUAGGAGAAAUGUGUCUAAAUAUAUGUCCUUAUCUAGAAAACCAGAACUAUUUUAUUAAAUCCAUAUACGAUUAUUAUGUUUUGUUAACAUCAGAGAUGUCUACCACUAACAUAAAUGAAAAUGCAAUAAAAAAUGCUUUUAUCAUUAGACCAUUUAAUGUUGUUGAAAAUCAUAGAAUAUAUUGUCCAUAUAUAACAGAAGACUUAUAUUUAUUUUCAAAAAUAACCAAACUUAUUUUUGAAUUGUUGAUAUUAGAAUUUGAAAGAAAAUAUGUAUUCAAAUAA